ACAACAAGGUUCCAUUUAUAGAGCGCCUUUCACGUCGGGAGGGUGACGCUGAAUACCCCAAGAAACACGCCGACUUCUUAAGGGCUUAGGGUGAGACCCAUCGCCGUGUACCCCGAUUCAGCUAAAGACCCUGCCCACCCCCGCUGCCUGGUGCAGCCCACAAGGGGGGGAGGGGAUGGGCUCUUUCCGAAGACCCCGGCCUCGUUUCAUGAGCUCCCCCGUGCUCAGUGACUUACCUCGCUUCCACGCCGUCAGGCAGGCAGCACUGCUCAACUCUAACCGGGCCUGGAACAGUGUGCAGAAAGCAGUGAUCAAAGUGUUCCAGGGAGGAAGUCUGCAAGAUAAUGAGCUGUUCUCUCUGAAUGAAAACAUUCGGCAGCUGCUGAAGAGUGAGCUCGGACCAUUCAUCACAGAUUAUUUUCAGAACCACCUUCUUUCCAAAGGUCUGAGCAUUUUGGAGGAAAGAGUGCAGGGUAAUGAAGGUGAAAGACUGUUGGAAGCUUUGACGGAAAACUGGGAUAACUUCUUCACUGAGAUAUUGCCCACUCUCCAGGCCAUAUUCUAUCCCGUGCAGGGGCAGGAGCUGACUGUGCGGCAGAUGGCUUUGCUUGGAUUCCGAGAUCGGGUUCUGUUGAAAGUCAAUCUGGAGAACUUGCUGCAUCAAACGCACACCAAGGUGUCUCCAUCCAUCUCCCAGAUGUUACUGGUGCUUCAGGGGGUUCACGAGGCCAAAGGGACGAGCGAGAAGUACCUACGGCUGGAGUGGCUAGUCCGGCUGCUCGUGUAUCCAUGUCUGAGUGGGGAAAACGACGCAGACAGCAUCAACAUGGGCCGAGAAUUUGGGAAUCCUCGAUCGAAGAUUGUGGAUUUCACGAUUGAUCCAUGUCAAGUCACGGAGCCCAACGAGAACGCUCUGAGUCCCCUGUUUGAGCAGGAAGGCGAGGCCUACCUGGAGAAAUGUGGGAGCCUGCGACGACACACUGUGGCCAAUGCACCCUCCGACCUCCAGCUUUUCGCCAUGACCACCAUGAUGCACCCUGUCAUGGUGGAAGAACCAAGUAGCGAAGACACAUGCCUACUGCUGCCACCAAAUAUGAACCACAGAUACUAUUCCAGCCAGCCCAGCAGCCUGGAUUCACAACCUGAGAUGAUGGUGCUCUCGCUGCAGGAAUCUUCAGACCUCAAAUGCACGACUCUUGCUUAGACCAAGUCACUCCUGUUGAUAGACUAGGAGUUACCCAAACACUCACCGUGUACUGCACAGCACCAGUCACUAACACUUGUCAUUGUCACGGGUUAUGUGCCAGGGACUGGCCUCUUGCGGACUGGGCUGUGCCAAGGAGUGUUGACACAGUGUUGGCGGCAACGUUUAUUAUCAAUGAACCCACUCAGUUGGGAAAGCACAAAUCUCUAGUUACAGCUCUCCAGGAACAAGGAUUGAAUUUGCACUAAAGAUUUAGAACGGACGCUCAAACUCUUGAGACUGAACAUUGGAGGAGGAUUAACCUCUAACCUCCCUCUCAACCUCCCUCCCUCCCUCCCAUUCACUGACAUUGUACCUUUCUUGGUUUGCUUUGCAGAAUUUUCCACGGAUACCAUAACCUCGUGUCAAGUGCCAGUUGCUUUUGUUUACAGGAGAAAAUUAUUGAUGUGAAAGGCGUUAUAUAAAUAUAUGUUGCUCAUCCCAAACUGGACAAGUCCUAAACUGCA